CAGCAGCGGCAGCAACAGGCACCAGUUUAAUUAUGGUACGGUCAUUUAAAUCCAAACAACGCGUCUGCUUUCCUCUCUCUCACGGACACAACACACACACAGAGCUGCACAGCACAAUGGUGUCUCUCUCCCUCCUCUUCCACCUCCUUUUACUCGCCUUCGUGGAUCUCUCCACCUCCACGACGGAAUACCUUAAACUCCCAUUACUCCACAAAACACCAUUUCCUACCCCACUCCAAUCCCUCUCUUCAGACCUCCAACGUCUCUCUCUUCUCCAUCACAGCCACCACCGCCACCAAAACCACCGUCGAACCUCCUCCAAAUCCCCCUUGAUGUCCGGAGCUUCCUCCGGCUCUGGCCAAUACUUUGUCUCCAUCCGCCUUGGCUCCCCACCUCAAACCCUCCUCCUCGUUGCAGAUACCGGGAGCGACCUCACUUGGGUUAGAUGCUCUGCUUGCAAGACUAACUGCUCCAUCCACCCGCCCGGAUCCACAUUCCUCGCUCGCCAUUCAACCACCUUCUCCCCAACUCACUGUUUCAGCUCACUGUGUCAGCUCGUCCCUCAACCCAACCCCAAUCCCUGCAACCACACUCGCCUUCACAGCACCUGUAGAUACGAGUACGUCUACUCUGAUGGGUCCAAAACUUCUGGGUUCUUUUCCAAAGAAACCACGACCUUAAAUACAAGCUCCGGUAGAGAAAUGAAGCUGAAGAGCAUCGCAUUCGGGUGCGGGUUUCAUGCUUCGGGUCCGAGUCUCAUCGGGUCGAGUUUUAAUGGGGCCAGUGGUGUAAUGGGCUUAGGCCGGGGGCCCAUCUCGUUUGCUUCUCAGUUGGGCCGUCGAUUUGGUCGCAGCUUCUCUUAUUGCCUGUUGGAUUAUACUCUCUCGCCUCCUCCAACCAGCUAUCUCAUGAUCGGCGACGUCGUUUCCACUAAGAAGGAUAAUAAAAGCAUGAUGAGCUUCACGCCGUUGUUAAUUAACCCUGAAGCCCCCACCUUUUACUACAUUUCCAUUAAAGGAGUGUUUGUUGACGGUGUAAAACUACAUAUUGACCCUUCUGUGUGGUCACUCGACGAGUUAGGUAACGGCGGGACAGUUAUUGACUCAGGGACGACGUUAACUUUCUUAACAGAGCCAGCUUACCGUGAGAUAUUAUCGGCGUUUAAGCGUGAAGUGAAGCUACCGAGUCCAACUCCAGGGGGUGCGUCCACUCAGAGUGGUUUUGAUCUUUGUGUGAACGUGACGGGCGUGUCAAGACCGAGAUUUCCAAGACUGAGUUUGGAACUCGGUGGUGAGUCGUUGUAUUCGCCGCCGCCAAGGAACUAUUUUAUAGAUAUAAGCGAGGGAAUCAAGUGUUUGGCGAUUCAACCCGUUGAGGCGGAGAGUGGUAGGUUUUCGGUGAUUGGGAAUCUGAUGCAACAAGGAUUUUUGUUGGAGUUUGAUAGGGGCAAAUCUCGGCUCGGUUUUUCACGUCGCGGUUGUGCUGUCUCGUGAUGCGAAACGGGGUCAUUUUCGUUUCGUAAUUCUUCCCUUUCCUUUUUCUUUUUCAGAGAAAUUUGUGAUCAACUGUCGUUAAAUACUACCCCCUAAUAUUAAUUAUCGUUUUUAGA